GGGGCCGGCGCGCGCGGGAAGGGCUCAGUCGGCGUCGCGCCGUGCCGGGAGCGCGGGGGGGCGUCGGACGCCGCCACACGGGGCCCCUCAGCGGCCGCCAGCGCUCCGGCAGAGCCAGGUAAGGUUCCUUACAUCCGAAGAUGCCACGCUACGGGAGAAUCGUUGUCAUUAAAAGGAAUGGGACUGAUGGAAUCGUUUUUCCACUCAACUCAACUUCUUGUUUAUUUGGAAGGAAAACGGAAUGUGACAUCCGCAUGCGGCUGCCCUGGGUGUCCAGCGAGCACUGCAAAAUCGACAUCAACGAGAACAAGGAGGCAGUCCUGACUAACUUAAGCGCGGUGAACCCCACGCAGCUGAACGGGGCUUGCUUUGAGCAGCCCGUUCCCCUGAAGCACGGAGAUGUGUUAACCAUUAUCGAUCGUUCUUUCAGGUUUGAACAUCCUCUUCAAUCAACUCCGAAAAAGAGGCGUUCCAGGUCUCCAAAAGAUGAAACUCUGCAGGUUCUUCAUGUUCAGCAGGUGGCAGAAGUGGAAAUAUUACACAAACAAACUUCAGGAGCUAAAAGUCUUGAGGCUUCAGAGAAUGCAGAGUGUGAAGAAAAAAAUGCCAAUAAAAAUAAACAAACUCCAGAGGAAAAUCUUCCCAAAGCUUUCCCUGUCAAAGUCCGAACACCCAAAUCUUCACAGAGAAUACAUCAUGUUCUUAAAAAGCAAGAUGAAAUGUCUCCCUUUACUAAACUCUAUCAAAGUCUGAAAAAUGAGCUGAAAGUGGAAAAACCUCUGCCCAGGGGAUCUGCCUCUCAGCAAGCUGCAAAAGGAGAUCCUGGGAGUGUUCUGCCGGAUCCAAGCGCUCCCAUUCCGUCCCUGGGUUGUCCUUUUGAUCUGGGCAGCCCAGCUGGAGGAAAGGAAACAGGCAGGGUGGGAAAUAUUGAAGAAUGCAUCAUUGUGAGAAGAGAAGGAAUCAGCCCAGGGUUUAACCAGCUCUCAGCACCUGGAAGAAGAACUCCCAGGAAGAGCUUGGCCAGGAGGUCUCAAAUUCCCAUUUCAAAGGAGGUGUCAGGAGACACCGGUCAGAGUCCAUUGCAGGAGCUAAGGACACCAGGCCGACCCAAAGGCGCUGCAGUUACACCCAAACCCAGCAAGGAGAACUGCAGGGAUUCCCUGGUUUUGCGGGAGCAGUGCUCCAUAGAAAAGUUGGAUUGUCCUGCUAAAGGGCCAGCGUGCAGCUCCACAACCCCCGUGUCCCGUGUUGCUGAAGGAGGUAAAUGUGUGCUGAACACACCAGCGCCCAGGAGGAAGAGUCCUCGCUCUCUUUUCGUGUCACCUCCCGAAGAAACCACUGGAAUAAAUCCUGGUACUCCAAGGACCCCACGGCGUGGGUCGCUGAAACUGAAGUCACUUCCAGAAAUCCCAGCUGGAGCACCACAGGAAGAUCCAGUGUGCAGAAUGGAUAACGCACAGCUGCCUUUGCCAGAUGACAAAUGCUUAAAGCAACGACGGAACAGCAGACAACAAACACCAGGAAAACCUGUCCAAGAAGUUCUGAAAGAAAUCUGGGAUCAGGCAAACCUGGAUAACGUGAAGGUGGGACACUGUGAAACCCCUGCCUCUCUCCCUAGUUCCAAGAGUCCCAGAGGAGACAGCAGGGAAAGUAAGGAAUUCUUGGACAAAAGUGCCCAUUCAGAGGCACUGGCUUCAGAAGGGAUGUUGGCAUCUCCAGCUGGUCAGACCCCUGGAAGGAAGAGGGGAAAGCCAAGGACCUCUGGAGUGCUGGCUGAAACAGCCCUGGAGACAAACACUGCUCAGAAACACCCCAGUUCAGGUAGAAAAGCCACUGGAACUCCAGCAGAGCUGGCCACGGACAGGUGUCACCAAAAUCAGGAUCUGGAAGAUGCCAGUGCUACAAGACCUCGGAGACCAUCAGCCAAGAGAUCUCCUGGAAAUGCUGCUGAGCUGAGAGACACUGAGCCUGGCUCAGAAACCAAACCUUUUGGCCUCUUGCAUGGAGGAGACUCAGGCAAGACAAAAAGAAUCUCUCAGAAGAGGAAAAGCGGUGAAGCGCUCCCUCAGACUUUGGGCAAAAGAAAGAGAGUGUCUUUUGGUGGUCAGCUGAGUCCAGAACUCUUUGAUAAAAGUUUGCCUCCCAACUCUCCCCUGAAGAGAGGAGCUCUCCCUGCCAGGAGGAGUUUACCCAAUGGAAACUCUCCUCGGGCUGUGCUCAAAAAGGCUCAGGUCUUGAAGCACUUGAUAGAUCAGGAAGAAAAGAAGUCACCCAAAAACUCACCAGCCCAGCAGUCCCCAGGUGCCUCAUCCCCUGUCUCAAGGAAGGCAACACCCCAAAUCCCUGCAGGCUCUCCAGCCCCCUUCAGGAAAGGGCGUUUCUCCAUCUCCCGGCCCCCCACACCAUUCCCAAUUGCAGAGGAGAAGGAUGCUGGCACAGAAGACAUGGAUCCAGAGGGGAAAAGUGGUGUGCAAAGGAAAACACCAGAAUCUGCUCCUGCUACCCGAGAUGCCAAAGCCUCGGCGGCAGUGACAGCUGCCAAGACAGCCAGAGGUGCCCAGCUGGGUGUGAAGGGCUCUGCCAUGAAGAGCAGAUGUGGGGCUGUGGCUGUUAUCAGUGCCAAGAGGAGAAGUGGUGCCUCCAGUGCCAAUUUAUUGGUUGCAAAAUCUUGGGCAGAAGUGGUAAAAUUGGGAGUUGCAAGACCACAGUCAAAACCUGCUAAAAAAAGUGUCCGUAAAGGAAGAGCCCUGAAGAGAAGAAACCACCCACCAAAGACUCCAGAGAAGAAAAUAAAAGAUGACUUCAGCACAGGUCAUGCAGAGUCACCUGCUACCAUAGUUGUAGGUAGAGCUUAUUCCACCACGGUCAGGUCAGCUGGACACGUCCCUAAAGUGGUAAAAAAUCCCAAGCUGAAGCUGAACAUGGAUAUGGAUGAAAGCUUCACAGGAAUGCCUGAAGUAUUCCGAACUCCAGAAAAUCCGGGAGGAGAAACAUUUCCUUUGGCUGCUGCUCAGGAUGCUGAUUUUACACCACCGUGGUCUGCGGGGGACAUUUCUGACUUGCACACUCCUGAGGAAUCUGGAGAGAUGAUGGUGUCACCACUAAAUAAUUUGGAUGCUUCAGAGCAGAAGCAAGAGAGUCCAGGCAUAUUCUGCUUUCUGAGAGAGGAGUCAUCUCCAUCUAUGUUUGAUGAAACAGCCACAAAAACUCCUGAAAAAAGAGAAGCUGUGCACGACGAUAGUGUGGACAGUUUGGCAAUAAUUCCAGAAAAACCAGCAUCUCUGGUGAAAUCGGGAAGAAAAAGGAGGACUCCAAAGCAGAAGUUAGAGCCAGUUGAGGUCAAGUCAGGCAAAAGGAAGAUUUUAAGGACCCCUGAGCAAAAGGUGGAAGCAGGAGAGGUUUUGUCAGGUAUCAAGAGGCUCAUGAAGACUCCAAGGCAGAAGCCUGAGCCUGCAGAGGCUUUGUCAGGCAUCAAGCAGCUCAUGAGGACCCCAAAGCAGAAACUGGAGCCUGCAGAGUCUUUGUCAGGCAUCAAACAACUCUUGAAGACUCCAAAGCAGAAACUGGAGCCUGUAGAGUCUUUGUCAGGCAUCAAACAACUCUUGAAGACUCCAAAGCAGAAACUGGAGCCUGUAGAGGCUUUGUCAGGCAUCAAACAACUCAUGAAGACCCCAAAGCAGAAAUUGGAGCCUGUAGAGUCUUUGUCAGGCAUCAAGCAACUCUUGAAGACCCCAAAGCAGAAAUUGGAGCCUGUAGAGGCUUUGUCAGGCAUCAAACAGCUCAUGAAGACCCCAAAGCAGAAACUGGAGCCUGUAGAGUCUUUGUCAGGCAUCAAACAGCUCAUGAAGACCCCAAAGCAGAAAUUGGAGCCUGCAGAGGCUUUGUCAGGCAUCAAACAGCUCAUGAAGACCCCAAAGCAGAAAUUGGAGGCUGCAGAGGCUUUGUCAGGCAUCAAACAGCUCAUGAAGACCCCAAAGCAGAAAUUGGAGCCUGUAGAGGCUUUGUCAGGCAUCAAACAGCUCAUGAGGACCCCACGGCGGAAGGCAGAACCAGUGGAGCACCUGUCUGGCAUUAAGCAGCUCCUGAGGACCCCACAGCAAGAGCUGGAACCAGUCACAGAUGAAAUUGCCUUGAAAAGGUUGCUGGAGACUCCAGUAGAGAGCAGGGAAGCAGUAAAAGCUCUGCCAGAUGUGACUUCAACCAGGAAAACCCCAAAGCUGAAAUCCCAGCCCGUGGAAGACAUGGUUGGGAUCAGCCGCAUUUUCCAGACGCCGAAGGAAAAGGUUGAGCCUAUAGAUAACAUGUUUGGAAUUAGCAGAUUAAUGAAGUCUCCUAAGGAGAAAUAUCAACCAGUUGAGGAUUUUGUGGGACUGCAGAGGCUCAUGGCAGAGCCCAGGCAGAAAUCUGAUUCUGAAGUGGACUAUGCUGGAGUGACUGAAAUGUUUGGUACCCCAGAGGAAGUAAAGGUCAGAUCAGUAAAUGUUAUGGAUUCUCAGGAAGAAAUUCCACCUCCUGGUUCUAAUUCCAGUCAGAAACAUGAAAAGAAAGGAAACGUUUCCCAAGGUGAAGAUUCUCAAGAGAAGGACUCCACUGGUGAAGAGCAGCAUACCCAGAGACCAAGAAGGGGCAGACCAAAGAGGGCUGUACCUCCUACUGCAGCAAAGCCAAGUGGAAAUGGUGUGAGUUUAAAGGAACUGCAGAGUCCUGAUACCCAAGAGGAGAUGGGAGCGAUCACACCUGAAAACAAGGGAAGAAGAGGAAGGAGGGCAAAGCGUUACGUGCAAGAAGUGGUUCCAAAGCGCCCAGAUCAAGAAGGGCUUGACACUGUUUCACCUGUGGAACCAGCUGGAGCUGCUCAGAGACCAGGAAGAGGUCAAAGGAAAGAGCUGAAGGAGUUAAAACAUCCAAAUGAAAAUCUUGAGUCUUGUGUUGAAGAUUCUUCAGUUGUACCUGCAAAUACCCAACAGAGUUUGCAGGACUGUGGCAUCAAUGAAACUGAAGACGAUCCAGGCACAAAGACAGGAGCCGGAAACACUCAGAAUGAAAUCUGUCAGCUGCAAACAGGUUUAAAUAAUCCUGAUAGCAAAGCUAAUGACAGUGGGAUAGAGGACAGUGAAGAAGUGCUCCUGUCACCGAGGAGGAGGCGCAGAGGAGCGGAGAACACAGAACCAGUGAUUCCACCAAAAAGAGGGAGACGAGCAAGGAAUGACCGAGGUAGAGCAGCUUCUCCUGGAGACCUUUGUGCAACAACCAGAAAGCUUCGUAAAGACCCAUCCCCAAAGGCUACCCAACGACAGGAACAAGCUUGUUACAAAGCUCCUGAAGCUGUCACAGCACAGGAAUCUGAAAAUGACACUAAACUUGAACUGAAGGCAACAGAUACAAGAGUUAAGUCUUUUAGAAGUACUAGAAGCAGAAAGUGCUCAGAUGAAAUAAAAGCAGGCACUCGUGAGGUCACACUUGAAAAUACACAAAGCAUUCAGAAAACUGAGGAAACAUCAGCUGGAACUGAUGCCGAAACACAAUCCCACAUGAAAAAUGAGAUUAAAGGAACUCAGGGAUGUGAAACAGAAAAUGCUCAGGAAAAAACAACAGAGGCAGCUCGAAGAUUAAAGGCAGAGUCACCUUACGCAGGGACAAACAAAAUGCCAGUCAGUGCUCAGAAAGUGGAAGCAAACAGGGCUAGACACAGGAGAGGCAAAAUAGACUCUUUGGAGCAAAAAGCUGAUGAAUUUACUGAAAAUGUGAAUGGGCUAAAGCCAAUUAUUUCCAAAUUUAAGUCAGAAACAGAAGUGGAUGAAUCUUCUCUCCAGAGUUCCGUGGGCUCUGUCUGUGUCAGUGCAGCCGAAGCCAGGAAGGAGCAGCCCAGCCCGGGUGCCACAUCAGUCCCUGCUGCAGGCAGUGCCAGUCCUGCUCAGGGCAGUCAGAGGAGGACGAGAAAAGAACAGGGAAUACUUAAAGCAAAGCAAACUGAAAUCCUGCGGGGGGAUCCAGCACAAGGAAACGCAGGGAUGUGUAGAAGAGGAAGAGGUAGAAAAGUUAAUUUUCAGCUUGAGGAAGGCAGUUCCAAAGCGGUUGAAGGAAAAACUUUACCUGGGGAUGAUGAAGGGAUGGCUGAAAAAGAUAAUCAGCGUGGGAAUUCCGAAAAUCCUUCUUCACAGGGAAGGAGGGGCAGAAGAAAGCAACUUGAUUCCACCCCACAAGAAGCUGGUCAUGCCCUUAUGGAAAAACAAACACUAAGUGCAGAUCACAGGAAAGAUGAAGCUGUUGUUACAGAGCAAGGAUCAGCUUUGGAAGCUGCUCCCUCUUCAGCAGAGGACAAUCCACCGAGACGAGGGAGGAGACGCGAGGCGGCUGCGGCAUCACAGACCAGAUCUCCUUCCGUCAGAACGAGACGGGGAGUGCUGGAAGGUGAUGCUAAAAAGGUGGCAGAGAGAAAAGAUGAAAUUCCAGCUCUGGGUAAUAAAACUUCACAGGCAAAAGUGAAUGCAUCAGCAAGGGACAGAAGGAGAAAGAUGGAUCCGGCAGCAGAGGCCACAGGUUCAGCUCCUCUCCAGGGAAAAUGUGGCUUGUCAGAAAUUAAAGGUGAGGGUACUCAGGAAGAACAAGGUGUUCCUUUGGAAGCAGUGUCCUGUGCAAAGGAGAAGCCACCAGGAAGGGGCAGAAGGAAAGAAACUACUCUGGCAUCACACGCAACCAAUUCCAUCUCCCUUCGAGGGAAACGCGCGUUGCCGGCAGGUGAUGGAGAAGAAGCUCCCAAAGAAGCGCAGAAUGUUCCCUUGGAAACUUGUGAUCCAUCUGGAAAAGAAAAUCAUCUGAGACGAGGCAGGAGGAAGGAAAUUGCCCCCUUGAUAGAAGCCAAAAGUUCUAUUCAGGGAAACCAGGUCCUGUCAAAGCAGGGUAGUAGAAGAAAUAACAAUAGGGAAGCUAAACCAAGUUUGGACAAUUCUUCCCAAGAAAAUAAGGAUCUUGUAAAAGGGAGCUCGAGGCAAGCAACAAUUUCUCUGGCUCUUAGUCCCACCUCACUUCAAGGUUUGCCAGAAGAUGGUAAAGACGGAAUUCCUGAAGAACAAAGUAAACUUUUGGAAGUAGCUCCACCUACAAAAGAAAAUCCAUCAAGGGUGGGCAGGAAGAAAACAACUUCUUCCACUUCUGAAGAAACAAUUUCCACUUCUCUCAGGGGAAGACCCAACCUGCCCAGAGGCAGAGGUCAGAAGAGGAUUCUUAAAGAGCAUGAGGAUGCAUCUCCAGAAAAUAAUCCAUGCCAGGGAAGAACAAGGCAGCUGAGGAAUAAUAGGAGGAAGGUGGAAUUCCCAUUGGAGGCAGCUAGUUCUACUUCUCCUCAUAAAAGCAGUGACUUGCCAGAAAAUGGCGACACUCUGGAAACUCAGGAUUUGAGCGGAGCAUCCACUGGUUCUGAAGAGAAUCAGUCUGGAAAAGGCCAGGAGGGUGACCCCGCUCCACAAGCAGCUCCCACCUCUCGCAGAAGGAAAUGCCAGCUGCCAGCAGAGGAUGUGGCACCCAAAAAGUUAAAAUCAGGGAAUGGUGAAAAUGGCUCCCUACAAAGAGGAAGAAGAAACAAAACUAAACUUGGAGAAGAGGAUGCAAGGGCAGCUCAGACCACUGGAGGGAUGGAGAGGAGGACGAGAUCCAGCACAAGAACAAGGAAAUAGCCUCGAGUCCCAGAACCAGUUUUUAAAUCAAUUCAGUAAUUCCAGUUGCAGGAUUUUUUUUUAUAUGUGAAUUGAUUUGCACUCAGAUUUUAAGCUCAGAUUCUUGCUAAUUCUAUGGUUGCUUUACAAAAUCUAUUUCUCAAUGUGUUUACAGAUAGAAGGUAGAUAUUUCUUUAGUAGCUUUGCAAAUAUGUGGUGGUUCUUAAACCAUGGGGUGCUUGUGCAAAGCUGCCAACAUAAAAUAUAUUCUGUUAUACCAGUGUUUCUCCCCUUUUUCAUGUUGAUCAGUGCAGCAAUCAGGAAGCCAUAUUACUGCCAGCUAAAGCUGUUUUCUGCUGAAAUUUCCCUUUGCUUAAGUUUUAUUUUUUUUGUCGGGAGUUGUGUAAAUAUUCUUUUUAAAAAAAUAUAUAGUUGUAUUAGCAGAAGUAUUACGCUAAAUUUUUUAUAAGCUUUUUUUUUAAAAAAAUGAAGCUUGUAUUGAGAAGUGCAGAUUUUGAAGUCAUUAAACUUGU